GAGUUGCUGAUCCAAAGGCCUGGCUUAGGAGUGAUCCCGAGCCACCUGUAUCAUCAAGAUCAAGAUCAAGAUCAUAACAUUCCCGAGUCAGCUGUAGCAAAAGGACGGAUAUAAGAGUAAUUUCCUGGUGUAGGUGACAUCAGUAAACCACCACCAUGCUUCCAAGACUGAGGUGCCAUGUUACAGCUGCAAUGGCAUGCAGAAGAAUUGGGUCGCUGCAGGCUGGUGUGCCGAGAACUCGCCCAUUGUAUGCUGAGCGCCAGCGGCACCGUGGCUUAGUCAGGGUAGAAGGGGAGGAGGCAGCAGAUUUUCUUCAAGGGCUGGUGACCAAUGACAUGAGGCACCUGAAAGGCAAUACAUCUGCCAUUUACUGCCUCCUGCUCAAUAGACAGGGCCGUGUGCUGUACGACUCCAUCAUCUAUCACCUCAGCCACAGCACCUUCCUGUUGGAAUGUGAUGUUGCACGAGUCAGCCAGCUGGAGAGACACCUCAGAAUGCAUAAAGUGCGGCGUCGCCUGGUGGUGGAGGAUGCCACAGGUGACUUCAGUGUGUGGUGUGUGUUUGACCCUGCUCCUGACAUGACGCAGCAGACACAGGUUGAUGCAGAAUCCCUCUACAUGAACCCUAAAGUACAGAAUGAGGUGGCAUUGCAUCUGGCUGGAGACUCCAAAGACAUUACAGCAGUUCAAGAUCCCAGGGUGCGACAGCUGGGCCACCGUCUGGUGGUACCGGCAACUACAGUUUCCCUGAGGGGGUUGCUGCCGGGUGUUGAGGAGAACACAGGAAAUUAUAUGUUCAGGAGCUUGCGUUAUAGGCUUGGAGUGGGAGAGGGAUCAGAGGAGCUUCCCUCAGCUAAGUCCUUACCACUGGAGGCAAACUGCGACUACCUACAUGGAGUCAGCUUUCACAAGGGGUGUUAUGUGGGCCAGGAGCUAACCGCCAGGACCUAUCACACUGGAGUUAUCCGAAAACGCCUCCUGCCUCUUAUCUUUAGUGAGGAUGCUUCAGAGGUGUCAGCAGACGCCAGUGUAGUGGAUGAGACAGGACGGGCUGUAGGAAAGGUGCGGGCUUGCCUGGGUUGCCAUGGCCUGGGACUGCUCAGAGUGGAAGAAUGUCUUGCUGCUGAAAGAUUAACAGUGGAAGGCCAUAUAGUACAAACCUUCCGGCCAUACUGGUGGCCUCUUCAGGCACCCAAGAGCAAAGCAAGCUUGUGAUGUACAGACUUUUUAUUGUAAUGUGGCAAUCAUGUUAUGGGAGUGGAGAAGUAGCCAAUUUGUAAAAUCAAACUAAAUAUUAUAUUUCUUAUUUUCACUUUAUACAGUUUUGCCAAUGUAAUAUACACACAAUGUAAUAUACACACACACACACACACACACACACACACACACACACACACACACACACACACACACACACACACACACACACAUAUAUAUAUAUAUAUAUAUAUAUAUAUAUAUAUAUAUAUAUAUAUAUAUAUAUAUAUAUAUAUAUAUAUAUAUAUAUAUAUAUAUAUAUAUAUAUAUAUAUAUAUAUAAAGGAGUAGUGUUGCAGGAGAACACUCCAAGUGCUACCCCCAUGAAAAUCCUGUUUUGGCAUGCAAACAGUAACUCAAAGUGUCUUCUACCUUGUGGGGUUGCUUGGACCAAUAUCCUGCUAAGGCAAAAUGGUCAAAAAUGCUAUACAGUAUACAAUAUUAGUUUCCUUACUUGUUACAGCAAUAUAGAAGCCUGCUAUUGUGUGGGGAAACACUCCAAGUGCCUUGAGUUGAGUGAAUCACCACAACUAGCCACUCACUGUAGCGGUAGGUCCUGUUGUGGUUGGCCAGUGGUGCCACCAUGUUGCCUUGGCAUACUCGGAGCUGAGCCAAUGGACUUAGAGCAUUUUUCCGCACGCACACACACACACACACACACACACACACACACACACACACACACACACACACACACACACACACACACACACACACACACACACACACACACACACACACACACACACACACACACACACACACACACACACACACACACACAGCUGAGCCUUGCUUCUACCCAUGCCACAUUACACUACUUUGUGGAUCACUAUUUUGUGCUGUGUUUAUAACCAUCAAUUAUCAGUGCUAUUACCAUGUGUAGAAGCUCAUUACCUUGCAUCUCUUGCCAUCCUCUACUGUUAUUUUUACGCUAACUGCUCUUCUGAUCUUAGUAACUACAUGUCUCCCCUCCUCCUGUGCCCACACUGCACAACACUUUCUUCUCUCUCUUAUCCCUCUUCUGUCCACAUCUCUAAUGCAAGAGUUAGCUCCUUACCUGCUUCUGUAUUUCCUCCUUCCUAUGGCUUGAAUUCUUUCAAGAGGGAGAUUUCAAGACAUUUAUCCUCUGUUUUUAUUAUCAUUCUAUCUGACAUCUCUGUGGGAACUGACAUUUAAGUAAACCUUUUUUAAUUCAAAUUUUUUGUUGCCAUUGGCUAGUGGCUCUCAGGUAAAAAAAAAAAAAAAAAAAAAUACAGGAAAAACUAAUGCAUACUUUAACUUUACACAUAAAUUAUGAACAUUAGUAACUACUAAUUGAAUUUAUUGAUUUAUAUUUUUCUUUGUGGGUAUAGGAAUGUGAUACCCUAAGAAUUAAUUUGCUAAUUGUUUCACAAAUAUCAUAUGGUUGAAACUUGAUAUAUAUGAGUUUUAAUAUUGGCAAACUUUAGGCGUGAUUUCUGGCAUCUUUAAAAAAAAAACAAUGCUUGGAGUGUAUUCCUGCAUCAUUACUUAUAUAUAUAUAUAUAUAUAUAUAUAUAUAUAUAUAUAUAUAUAUAUAUAUAUAUAUAUAUAUAUAUAUAUAUAUAUAUAUAUAUAUAUAUAUAUGUAUAUAUUAUUGCAUCAAAUAUUAAAAAUAAAAUGUAUUUUAAGAUUGAUGACCAUCAUUAUUAAUUACUCUUUUCUAUGUUUGUAUGCCAUGCACUGCAGUCUUUGCUCUAGGUUUGAAUUCAGCAAAUUAUUCAGUAAUAUCUAUUGUCAUUAUUAUUUUGAAAAGCCUCCAUACAUCCUUGCAUUUUUCAGCCUUCUUCAUCUGAUAGGAACUUCCCAUUCCUUCCAGUUUCCUCACUAACUGGAAUUUCAUAUUUUAUCCAAUGACUUCUUAGAUAUUAUGGAUCUUUAGAAUUAUAUUAAAAUAAAUAAAAUGGUUGAAAGAUUCACA